UCCAUAUACAUUUAUUACUAACAACUGUUCAUAAUUUAUCAAAAGAUAACAAACGAAAUUAAAACAUUGCGUUUUCAAAAACACAUCUAGAAAAUAGCCUGGAAUAAAAUGUAUAUGAAUUGUAGUAGAAAAGCUGAAAGGUUUCGGCUAAAGUAAUUUUUAUGUCUGGUAACAUUUCUCUUCAUUGAUAACAUUCAUCCCAAUUCGUAAUUUUUGUGUUUUGCUUAAUCUGAGUCAUCCUCCUAUCAAUAUUUAGUUAUUACGAACAUUCUUUAACUAAACUUAUUGUUAAGUGAUAUCUUGAGAUUUUUCUUUAAAGAAAUUUCCAAUAAAUUUAAGUAAAAAUAUUCAACGAUAUAAAGCCUACGGAAAUGAGUAGUGAAUCGAUUGGAACUGGCAGCAAUAAUUUAGCUUCAACGAACCCAACGCCGUUGUUGUCUGAGUUAUACUCCCAGAUUGACUUCUACAUUGGAGUGGGGUUAGCAAUUAGUUCUUGCUUUUUUAUCGGAUCUAGUUUCAUAAUAAAGAAGAAAGCUCUGAUGCGUUUAAGUAGACAGGGUGAGAUGCGAGCAGCUGCUGGCGGAUACGGAUAUUUGAAAGAAUGGAUUUGGUGGGCUGGCUUAUUAACAAUGGCACUCGGGGAGGGUGCAAAUUUCGCAGCUUACGCGUUUGCACCUGCUUCGCUUGUAACACCAUUAGGUGCUUUAAGUGUGAUUAUAUCAGCAGUAAUGGCGUCGAAAUUUUUAAAUGAAAAACUUAAUCUUUUGGGAAAAAUUGGUUGCGUUCUAUGUAUCUUGGGUUCUACCAUCAUCGUAAUACAUUCACCAAAAGAGAAAGAGGUUGAAAACUUAGAGGAGUUAUUUGAAAAAUUACAAGAUCCUGGCUUCAUUUUUUACGUGCUUUGUAUACUUGGCUCAACAGCGUAUGUUGCGCUUUUUAUUGCUCCUCGAUAUGGACAUUCAAAUGUUACGGUGUAUACAUACCUUUGCUCAGGCAUUGGUUCCUUAACUGUAAUGUCGUGCAAAGCGCUUGGCCUGGCAAUUCGAGAUACUUUAAAUGGCUCUAGUAACGAUUUCACCACUUGGAUGCCGUGGUUCCUGAUAUGUGUAACUGUUACAUUCAUCGCUAUUCAAAUGAAUUAUUUAAACAAAGCUUUGGACGUUUUCAACACCGGCAUAGUAACCCCGGUGUAUUAUGUUAUGUUCACGUCCCUUGUGAUAACAGCCUCUGCAAUACUAUUUAGAGAAUUCACACAUAUGCGUUUUGAAGAUAUAUUGGGCGAUGUGUGUGGCUUCUUUGUAGUAAUCUUAGCUGUUUUCAUAUUAAAUGCAUUUAAGGAUAUGGAUGUUUCUUUGAAUGAUGUGCGCAGCAUUAUGCGACCCAAAAUGCAACGAGUUUCGCAAUAUGAUGAGGAAGUUUUGGUAGCGAAUCCCAAAGAGCGGCGAUACUCAUAUGGAUCUGGUGAUAUUUUUCGAAAAGCUUGACGUAAACAACGUCAUCGAGUUUAAAUAUAUAAUUUUGACCUAAAUGUUUAGUUACUAGUUUGCGUUGACGACUAAUUACAAUCACAAUGCCUUUCCUACAUUUCCAAAUUUCCCUAAAGGGAUUAACCUUAGAAAAUUAGAUAUGUAUAAUUUAUAUACUUAACAUGUAUCGGUAGUUUUAAUAAAAAUAAAUCUAAUUAAUAUACAGUAUUUGAUAAAACAUGGCGGUAAAUUACACAGAAAUUAAAUAAUUUUGAAGUUUGGCCAUAUGUAAAUUGGAAUAGUAAUAAUUAAUAUUUAAUUUUUGUUCACAUGCUUAAACCACUAAAUAAAUUUUAGUAUGAUCACUUUAUUCAAGAAUUUUUUUUUAAAUAAUUGUUUUUUAUGAAUAUACAGUAGGAAAUAGAGUGUUGGAAAAUGACUUAACGAUCAUAACAAAUCUAAUGACAGCUCUUUUAAUUUGUUUAUGAUUCUUUUUCGUUUAUUUUGCUUCUUUGUUUUAUUUUGCCUCCUACACACAUCAUUCUUAAUAUCCACAUCAGCUCCAUUGCUGACAGCUGAUGAUUCAGUUCGGUUUUCAACUUGAUUAUACCAGAUUAUACUUUGUAGUUUUCUGUUUUUAUUUCGUGGUGUCUUCAAUAAAGAAUUCAAAUAAUGUAAAUUGGAGAAAAUCGUGUAUUAGUUAUAAAGUUAAGGAACAAGUAAACGGUAGUUGAUAUUGAUUGUGUGCACCUGCGAGUGAGACGUUUUUUAUGCGUAUUUGUAUCAUCUAUUGUAUAAAAUAACGAAAUACAUUUGUUAUAAAUACUUUUCUAGACCUAUAAUAAAUUGUGUUCAGUAAGUUAUUGACCAAAAUUGGGUAUUAUUUUUUGUGGGCGUUCGUUUGAGCAAAACACGCAAAUUGUCGCGUUUAGCCGCUGACGAACCUGUAGCUGGCAUAAUUGAGAUGAACCAGCAGCCAGUUGAAAGACGAAACGGUGGCGCUGAGACCGCUGCAAGUGAUGAGACGGCACCAAUUGCUUCACAUCGUAGUAGUGGGGCUUCCUCAAUGUUUCGUUCUUUUGGUUCAUUGUUUGGAGCAAACAGUAACAAUGUUGGAAAUAGAGGUAUACAUUCCCCUACGAAUGCGGAUGUUCAUGGAUACGUAGAGUUUGGUAUGCAGGAUCCAGAUAGAAGCGGUCGCACGCUGGGCACUUUUGCAGGCGUAUUUAGCCCAGUAGCAUUGUCAAUGUUCAGUGCUUUAGUCUUCAUACGUGUGGGCUUUAUUGUCGGCAAUGCUGGUCUUUAUGUGACGCUUUUGCAAUUCGUUAUCGCAUACUUAAUUCUUUUGUUUACCGUUGCUUCAGUAUGUGCAAUCUCCACUAAUGGUGCCGUGGAAGGAGGUGGCGUCUAUUUCAUGAUAAGUCGUACCUUAGGCCUAGAGUUUGGCGGCUCGAUUGGUACGCUUUUCUUUCUUGCAAAUAUUGUUGGUUGUGCCAUGGCUGUAUCUGGUUGUACCGAGGGCAUGAUGGAAAACUUUGGCAAUGGUGGUUAUUUUACACAAGAUAAUGAGGGCUUAUUACCUGAUGGCACAUGGUGGCGUUUUCUUUUUUCCACCAUAAUCAAUACAGCAAUAUUGGUGGUGUGUUUGAUUGGUGCGGCACUCUUUGCUAAGACAUCGGUAUUAAUUUUGGGUAUUGUGUCAAUAUGUUUGUUGGCCACAUAUAUAAGUUUUCUGGCUGAAGGCCCAAAGGAAAUUGAUCGCCCUAAAGAAAAUAACAUCUUUAAUAUGACGAAACUGCAAUAUACUGGUCUGGACAGAAAAACGUUAAUGGACAACCUUUAUCCACAUUAUGUACAAGAUUACACCUCGAAUGGUAAAAUGGUCGAUUUCGCCACAACAUUUGGUGUCUUGUUUGCCGGUGUGACCGGUAUCAUGGCCGGGGCAAAUAUGUCGGGCGAAUUGAAGAGUCCAUCGAGAAGUAUACCAACUGGCACCUUAUCGGCUGUGUCUUUUACAUUCGUUUCUUACAUUUUACUGGCAUGCCUGAUGGCAUUUACUACACCAGCCGUAACCAUGCAAAAUAACUAUCUCUUCCUUAUGCCGGUAAACUUUUGGCCACCCUUUACAGCCAUUGGUAUACUUACAGCUACAUUUUCAACCGGUCUAAGUGGUCUAAUUGGUUCAAGUCGUAUAUUGGAAGCUCUUUCAAAGGAUCAAGUAUUUGGUUCACUUUUAAAUUUCGUAUUACGAGGCACAUGGAAGGGCAAUCCUGUUGCGGCGGUGUGCACAAGCUGGUUGCUCGUAGAAUGCAUAUUAUUAAUCGGUUCGUUGAAUGCAAUUGCACAGGUUAAUUCUGUAUUAUUUAUGCUUUCUUAUUUGGCAACCAAUUUGGCUUGCUUGGGCAUCGAGUUGACUGGUGCACCAAAUUUCCGUCCACUUUUUAAGUAUUUCACGUGGCACACCUGCCUGAUUGGUCUGCUUGGCACACUCAUUAUGAUGUUUGUGAUAAAUCCAAUAUAUGCGUCGUCCAGUAUUAUUCUGUGUUUAAUUUUGGUGAUAGCGCUGCACCUAUUCUCGCCAGCUUCACAGGGUGCACAGUGGGGUUCCAUUUCGCAAGCGCUCAUGUUCCAUCAGGUACGCAAGUACUUGCUAAUGUUAGAUUCACGUAAGGAUCAUGUCAAAUUUUGGCGCCCUCAAAUGCUAUUGCUAGUAUCAUCGCCCCGUUCAUGUUGUCCUCUUGUCGAUUUUGUUAAUGACAUGAAAAAAGGUGGUCUCUACGUAAUUGGACAUGUAAAAGUUGGUGACUAUACAGCCGUUGAAGAUCCAACGAUCGAAGAAAAUAAAUAUUGGCUUUCCUUUGUUGAUCAUAUGAAAGUAAAGGCGUUUGCUGAAGUUACAUUAGCCAAAUCCAUACGUGAAGGUGUACAACAUCUAAUACGUUUAUCUGGUAUAGGUGCAAUGAAACCCAAUACAAUAAUCUUAGGUUUCUAUGACAAUGAAACGCCGAGGGAUUUCUUCGAGGCUGGCACUUCGCCGUAUAAAACGGAGGGAUUUAAUCAUGGUGAAAUUCAAAACUUUCCAAUACGUCGUGAUGGCGAAGAGAAACAUAUUGAUGUCGCCGAAUACGUUGCGAUUAUGAGCGAUGUGCUGCGUAUGAAAAAAAAUCUAUGCUUAUGUCGACACUUUCAUCGUUUGGACAAAAACUUUAUUGCCAAGAGCAAACAUUUAAGAUAUAUAGACGUUUGGCCAAUCAACGUUUUUAAUCCAAAUUCAAAUAAUCCUUUCGAUGUGGUCUCACUAUUCAUGAUGCAAUUAGCCGUGAUAAUAAAUAUGCUCGCCAAGUGGAAACAUUUACGUUUGCGUGUUUUUCUAUGCGAAUCAAAUAAUGAAAAUUCGAAUAUAAGUUCUUUUGACACACAAAUGCCACAGUUGGAUAAUUUCGCCAGAAUGAAACUCGAACAAUCACUGAAGAGUUUACGUAUUGAAGCGGAUAUAAUUGAGAUUCAAGAAUGGAACAGCGAUUCGGACUUUACAAGCCAUUCACGUAUACUAAAGCAAUUCACAAGUCAUGCCGACGAAGACCUUGAAGUUAUUACUGAGGAAAAUAUCAAUCGCUCACUGCUAUAUAUGCAAAGAGCCAAUCAAAUAAUACGCGAGCGUUCCGAUCAGACUGCUGUUUCUUUUAUAUAUUUGGCUGCACCACCACAAAUUGGCACACCUGACUUUAAAGAGCGCAGUGCUCGUUAUAUUGAGUUACUUACAGAGUUGACUGCCGAAUUACCACCGACUAUUCUGGUGCAUGGCAUAAGCACAGUUACGUCGACCACACUUUAAAUUUAUAAAUAUCCGACGGUAUGUGUGUGUGUGUGUGGCGCACUUAAAUACUGCUACGUCAAUGGUCGCAACAACUGGCGAAUGAAUCUACAUACAUUUUUAAAAUUUUUGAUCCUUUUGUUUAUAUGUGAUUUGCCACAGUUCAAAAUUUUAACUUAUAAUAUGAACAAUUUUACACAUAUUUUGAGUAAUACGUUGUUAACUAUCUGUUUUGUUGGCGUAAUUAAAUAGUCAACAACAUUUGAAUGAACAAUUACAUUAUUAUUAUAUGUAUUUUCAGAAUACUAUAGUAUUUCAAUAUAAUAAUGUCAGGCGUACUAUUUUUUAUAGACGAAGAAAAGUAAACAAUUUUGGGUAAAUAGACAACAACGGAUUUUUUUUUUAUCAAGUUAACAACAUUUAUAUUUUAUCAAAAUUAAACGUCUAAACCGCGAAAGAAAAUUGUUUCAAUUUAAUCAUUUUAUAGUAGUGACAAAAUAUGCUUGUCAGAAGUUCCGUUAUGUUCUUAUAAGAUAGCUGCAUAUCAGUGUAUUUCAAAAACCAAACCAUAUACAUAUGAAUAACUAUACAGAGUAUAAAAACAUUAUAUUAGAGUUGCCCUUGUUUAUAAGUUUUAAUUAUUAUUAUUUAACAAUUAGUGAAAGAUAAUUGUCAAAAGGCAAACUUUUUUUAAAUGCAUUCAUUAUUCGAAAUAAUGUCAGACAUAUUGCGCGAAGCUUUUAGAGUAAUUAUUAAAUGCAUUUUUACAAUUUGUGUAAUUUUUGCAUUCCAUUGGAAAUUUAAUUUUCUUUUUUAAAUAAUGUUAUAAAUUGAGAAGAACACUUGAACUCUCGAGACGCCUAUAAAACAAUAUUGCUACCUACUAUAACUUUUCCAGCAUGAAUUGAACAGUUUAAUUAAUUUUGUUGUAAACAUGAACUUUCAUUUGUAUAAGGACAUUUUGAGUAGGUAUUAUAUAUGCUUUAAAAAAGGAUGUACGUAAUUUCUCCAUGACAUCUAUACUAACUAUAACUCAAAGAGUUGUGUUGCAAUAUACUCAAAUGUAUUUGUGCCCUCAAUUUUUAUUAUCUAAAACAUUUCUCAAAUAAUUAUACCUAACACCAAAAUCUACAAAUAACAUUACCUUAAGCUAAAAUGUAACUAAAUUGCAUCUACAUAUGUAUAUUUAGACGUAUGAACAAUUAUAUUUAA